CCACUGGCGCCAGUCAGCGGGACGCUAUUUGUCAGCAGACGGCUGAAUCAAAGAUGCAGGGUGUCUUUGAAGUUGUGGUGUUGGGAGCAUAUCACGGAGUGUGCAACAGGACAACUGCAUAUAUCGCUCGUUAUUGGUGUCUGCUAGGAAUGUUAUCGACGAGCCAAACUUUUGCCAGGGAGCAGAGGAGCAGCUGCUGUGUGUGACUCAUAACACGGAGGUUCGGCCCAUGUGGAGAGGUCCUGCGGGGAGCAUGGAGUCCAGAACUUUCAAGUUUGGCUCCACUGCUAGAACUGCAAUGAAGAGGUUACUUCAAUUACUGGUUGUGUGUGCACUGGAAACAUCACUCGUAACAGCAAAAAGACCCUUAAUAGCGGAAGGACCACGUAAUCGGACGGUCGUCGAAGGAUCCCGCGUUACGCUUCCCUGCAAGGUCCAGGAGGAGGGUGGAGCAACGCCCGUACUCUGGCAGCUGGACGGACGCAGUCUGGGAAGCCGGGCCGGUUCUUCGUGGAAACAGCUCGACUCCGGCGACCUAGUGCUCGAUCGCGUGACCGGCCACGAUGCCGGAGCCUACCGUUGCAUCGCUCGUAACGGGCACGGCGUUGCCUUCUCUCCAUUGGCUCAUCUCGUAGUGCAAGUGCCAGCCCGCAUCGAAGGUGGCCGUACAGUGUACAACGUAUCCCUUGGCGAGGAAGUGGUUCUUGAGUGCACCGCUAGGGGUGAUCCACCGCCUUUGAUUACUUGGUGGAAGGACGGCUUUCUGCUGAAGCACAAGGAAGCUCAGCUUUCAAGCUCGCGGCUCAUCUUCAAUGCUUCGACAACUGCUCUCUACACCUGCCAGGCCAGCAACGAUCUUGGCGAGAAAGCAGAGACGCCAGUGAAAGAUAAUAAGGAUUUCCAGGUCUUCGUCAUGUCAGAAAUCGGGGAAGACUCGAACAGCAUCGACAUCGUCCAGGCAGAAGAAGCGGAAGUGAACUUCAGGGAUAAGUCCAUAGACCAUGACAUCCCCCAGGGCUUCUGCUCUGCCUAUACGGGCUCUGUGUGCCGACGUUUCUUCAACGGCACCGGCCUGGUGUAUUACAACAUCAGCAUGGAAACGUCCCCCGUUAUGCUGAACGAACAGCUCACCCAGCAAAUAUGGGAAGAACUCAUCUCCUCCUUACAGGAGCCGUGUCGCACAGCGGCUGAAGUUAUGCUCUGUUAUUACGCAUUCCCUCAGUGUGAAUGGAGAGCACGUCUGGCCAUUCCAAAGCCGCUGUGUCGGGAGGACUGCAUAGCGGUGCGAGAGUCCUUCUGCUACAACGAGUGGGCCAUGAUUGAGGACAACAAGCAGCGCGGCAUCUACUUCAAGUCACGUGGCCACUUUCGGCUCCCAGAGUGCGAGCAACUGCCCAGCUACAUAAACGACUCCAGCGAUUGCUCGCACGCGCAUCUAACCGAUAUCAAAGAAGAUCAAGUGACGACGACUUGCAUCAAAGGUAGAGGACGUUUCUACCAGGGGACUGUGAAUGUCACAAAGUCCGGGAUUCCUUGUCAGAGAUGGGAUCUCCAGGAACCCCACCACCACAACAGGCCACCAAUGGUGUUCCCUGAAGUGCUCAACUCCGAAAAUUACUGCCGCAAUGCAGGAGAAGAGGAGCCCAUGCCUUGGUGUUACACAAUGGAUCCCAGAAAGAGAUGGGAGCACUGCAUGAUUCCACAUUGCGAAAACACAACAACAGCAGACGUGUCUGGCCGCGACAUCCUGGACCUGUUCGAGCCCCCCGUUGAACCAGCUUUUGCACCAGCACUUGUUCUUCUGGUAUCAGCCAUCAGCCUCACCAUCCUUGUCCUCCUUCUGUGCAUUGUUCUAGGCUGCCGUAGCCUCCGCCGCCAUGGCCGCCGCGGUUACAACGCGACGCCGACGGUGGACGUCGAAAUAGACCUCGACAAGCUCCCUUCCAAUGCCUCGUACCACCACACGUCCGCGCAACUGCACCCUAAGCUAGAAUCCUUAGAGUAUCCCCGCAACGACAUCAUCUACAUCCGCGACAUCGGCCAGGGGGCCUUUGGGCGAGUGUUUCAGGCUAAGGCUCCCGGGUUGGUCAAGGGCGAGGAGUUCACGACGGUGGCCGUCAAGAUGCUGAAAGAGGAGGCCUCGGACGACCUUCAGAGCGACUUUGAACGCGAGGCUUGCCUCAUGGCGGAGUUUGAUCACCCAAACAUAGUCAAACUUCUUGGAGUGUGCGCCAUCGGCAGUCCCAUGUGCUUAUUGUUCGAGUACAUGGGGAAAGGUGACCUCAACGAGUACCUCAGGUCAUGUUCGCCAACCAAUUACAUCGUCCGAGGUCCGGGAGGAGAAAUGUUCAGCGACGUUCGCCUCACCCACCUCGACCUCUGCGACCUCGCGCGCCAGAUUGCGGCCGGCAUGAUGUACCUCUCUGAGAGGAAGUUUGUGCACCGCGACCUUGCGACGAGGAACUGCCUCAUCAGCGAGACGAUGGUGGUGAAGAUAGCGGACUUUGGGCUCUCGCAGAAGAUGUACACGGCCGACUACUACCGCGGCAGCGAGCACGACGCCAUCCCCAUACGGUGGAUGCCCUUAGAAGCUAUCCUCUACAACAAGUUCACCGUAGAAUCAGAUGUGUGGGCUUUCGGGGUAGUGCUGUGGGAGAUAUUCUCCUUUGCGCUUCAACCUUACUACGGCAUGACCCACGAGGAAGUGGUAGCGUUUGUGAAGGAAGGGAACUGCCUGGGAUGUCCAGAAGGGGCGCCACCGCAGGCGUACGCGCUGAUGCGCGCGUGCUGGAACAGGAAGCCGUCGGGGAGGCCGAGCUUCAAGGCGAUCCAUCGGGCACUCGGAGCACUUCACGAUGACCUAGUCAAGCAUAAGGAUAAAGGGAACAGGGCACACGUUUGAGAUGCUCGGAGUUAGUUCUCUCAUACUCAAAACAUACUCUGCGCGCAAGGCAGCGCUCCUUUCGGUGUUAUUUGUGGCAUUUACAUCAAGUGCAAUUUAUUUCGAAUUGAACGAGUAGAGACAGGUAUUUAAAAGAAUGCCAACUCGUACAAUUGUUGCAAAGUGAAUUAACAUUUGCAUAACGUCAGGCAACAAACCGAUACGUACGGUGUGGUACAAUGUGUCAAACUAAGAUUUGCUAUCUGUACAAUCGUGGUGUGUCUGGUGUACUUUCGUAUACGGCAGUGAAGUAUGUGCGGUGGAACUCACAUACAACGAUCCUUGCGAAAAUUUGAAGAGGAGAAGGGCAUGACAGUUCUAGCGGGCUUCACUGCACCUGCUGGCACCCAAACUCCACAUGAAAUAUGCGGCAGCAUUUUGUACAAACGUCCUUACUUCUGCUGCACACUAUGGCUUUGCUUGUGGACUUUGUACAUAGUUGUUUCGUGUUAAAACUUCAUUUGGACUAGGACACGACAGGAUGUGUGUUGGCUUUUUCCGGGUGUAAAACGGCACAGUGGAUUUUGAUUGACUCCGAAGAAGCACGAUACAUUCACAUAAUCAUGUUUACCAUCAGAGAAAACAUAAUGUUCAAUCGUGACACAUGCUUUUUCUGCACUUUCCUAAGUGCUGCAGUGCCGGCGAGAGGGUGGGGUAGCCGGGGAUGGUGCCCGGGGACCCGGGUUACUUCAGGGGCCCGCGGGACCCGAGGCCUGUCGUAAUCAUAUAAAGAAGGAAUACUUGGACUGUGUCAUCGAGACAUGAGGAGGGGGGACCCGGGUGUGACCCAUCCCUGGGGCCCGUAAUAUCUCUUGCUGGCCCUGAAUGUGUGAACUUCAUUCUUCAUAGGGAGAAGGAUCUCAAGUGAUUGUAACCAAUCCAUGUACAUCUUCCGAUAGGGUCCUCAACAAAUUACUGAAGAACCUAUUACUUGUAAGGGACAACUUGUGUAUAUCUCAAAGCCCAUGUCGAUAACCUUCACUGAAACAGUGCCAUAUGGAUAUAUAUAUACCGAGUGUACAUAUAUAUAUAUAUAUAUAUACAUAAAUAUUUUUGGUUGAAUUAAUAUUUGCAGAGCCUAUCAAAGCAUUUUGAGGAGCACGCAUUGGUGAGCCCACCUCACAAAGAUGUACGCAUGAUUUUGUGCACGUCAACAAAGCUCUUCAUACACAUAUGAAGAAUACUUCGUACAGCAUUGUCGUACAACAGUUCUGUGACAAGAUGUUUAUGAUAUCUUACUUUUUUGUACAUUUCGCAUCACACAAUCGACCUGAGCUGAGCAAAGGAAUAGAAAUCUCACCGUGUUUACUUUGUCACUAUUCAAGCAAUCGUCACAACCGGGAAACGCCUAUGAAAUAUGUACUACAAGGACUAUUGGGAAUUUUCUGAACGUGGUUCUAUAAGGUACGUUAGCCUUAUCUUAUUCACAAUUUGCCUCCUUCCCUUUUUAAAAUAUCCUCCUCGUGACUUCAAAAUGAGUCCAUGGUCCUUCUGCCACGCGUCAAGCUCCCCCAAAAUCUUGUUCGCUGCUGUACCGUGUCAAGCAUCCUUUCUGAUUCAGUCUCGAUUUCAUAUGCCACGUCGAGAUGUCGAUCCUCGAACAUCCGUGGGUGAAAAAUGUAAAAAAAAGCACUAAAUCCUGCAAAUAUGGAAAGUGUGAGACAACCAGCAAUGUGAAGCAGCCAGCUGAUGUUGUGUCCCAGAUCUGGGUAUUUUGUGACAGACGGUGUCCUCCCAGUCGCCGAAAAACGUCUCAACAGAAGGCCGCGUUCAAUGCCUGAUCAUGCAUGACAAACUCUCAGUACGCAGAAGAAACGUGCUUUUGUCAUCCUCCUCAUUUGCUAUGUGUUCUCAAACCUCGAUGGUUGUACACUCUUCAACUGUGGUGACCACGGCCUCUUUUCUGGACCCAUCGACCCAUGUCUGACAAAAAAAAAAAAAAACUUAAUGUGUAUUUCUUGAUUAUCAUUUGCCAUCAUGGGAUUGCAGAACAGUAAAAAUGCAUGGUCACAACAACAAUGCAUGCAUCGCUAGUCAGUGUUGACACACGCAGGUCAUUGUGCAGCUCUCAAACCAUGAUGCUAGUGACAUCGGACAUAAAAUUUCUCAGUUUCAGCAAGCGAUAAGUACAAUCCAGAAAAUUUCCAAUAGCACUUUGUAAUUCCUUGCAGUUCACACAGUGGGUAUGGUCCCCUGCCCAAUACAGUACCCUUCAUUCUUGUUUCCGAAAUGAUGAAUUCCUUUAUCCUAGACAUGCAGCUAUCUUGCGAGCAUCUCAUCUUCAUCACAUUGAAGUCAUGUGAACUUCUUGAAGUGUUGGAAAGGAUUUCCUCAACUGCUUGCAUCCUGCGUCGUGUCACUGGGACCAAUGGGAUGAUACUCAUCUUAAUUGUGAAAAUCGCUACUUGUUGUAACAAACAUUCCAGCGUGUAAUUCGUUAACAUACGUUUUCUUAUUCGUGUUUCUUGCACGGUUUUAUAAACUCGCCAAGUGGGCCAUUUUUCUUGAACCGGAACCGAAACCAGAACCGGGCCUUGAACCGGAAGUCUGGUUGGCAACCCAAACGUAACACACCGUUGUUCUACGAUACCUUAAAAUCAUCAAAAUCACCUUGCGAGAUAGUUUAAUAAAAUCCGCAGGCUAUUACUUGUAAUUUAAUUUUAUUGCUGGCAGCAUAUCCUGUGACAUCUUAGUCAGUAUCGCGUUACUUUCUGUGCUGCAUUGGAACCGUAGGCUCCAGAAGAAAAAAAGGUCGUUAAUUAUGUAGCAAUCAUUAGUAGUCGUUAUUAGUUAAUUACGUAGAUUACAUUUUUGCAAAGCUCAAACUGCACACAGCCUGAAUCUCACAGCCAGUUGACUGUCCCUUUAGAUGAGGGCACAUUGCCCUCUAACUUUUUUCUUUUCUUUUUCCUUUUUUUCAGCUAAAUAUCUCAUAAGAUACUAAAGACCAUGUAAGGUACAAAACACUACUAAGCUCUGUGUUAUCUUGUCAUGUAUGAUACUGUGCGUGCCAUCUUUCUCCAGGUGAAAAAUAUUUCCUGAAACAAAAAAAAACAAAAAAAGGCAUCUGCUUUCUGCGAACCACUUAUGAUUCCACUGGCAAACAUUUUUCACCUGGGUUAACCUCGCGGUACUUCGUUUUUAAUGCUCGAUUAACAGUGAACCAAUAGCUACUUUUACUGCUUGAGUGUGCAAGGGUUUUCUUCCGAGGACUAAUCGUGUGACAAACGCUUUGAUGAGAUUUUUUUAUUUUACAUCAACCACUCUGUAAGAAUAAAGUUUUUCUUGCAAGA